AGAGUGAGACCUCCUGCUCCCGGUCCUCUGACAGCUGCGCUCUGUGGGUAACGGAAGACAUUUUGAGCCUCUGCGGUCGGUCCGGUCCAUUAUUCGAGUGUCAGCCUGAAGCCGGGGCUGACGUGCAGUGGAGUCAGUCUCCACACUGAGCUUUAUUCGGUGAAAAAGACAAGAUUAAAAAUUUAACAGUUUGAAGUUUACCCGGCGUAUGUGUAGCAUAGCUAGCUUAGCUUAGCGUCUGAAGCCAGCCACAAAAGCUAGCAAAGUCCUAGAUGCUAGUUAGUUAGCGGUACCUAGCUGGCCUGCCCUCCUCCUCCUCCUCCUCCUCUUCCUCCACCUUCUCCUCGACAGCCGGUCCCUUCACGCAGACACAAUGGCUUUAAAACGAAUUUCCAAGGAGCUAACUGAUCUGUCCAGAGAUCCUCCGGCUCAGUGCUCUGCUGGACCUGUCGGAGAAGACAUGUUUCAUUGGCAAGCUACUAUUAUGGGCCCUCCUGACAGUCCCUAUCAGGGCGGUGUGUUUUUCCUCACUAUUCAUUUCCCCACAGAUUAUCCCUUCAAACCACCCAAGGUCGCCUUCACAACAAGAAUUUAUCACCCAAAUAUUAACAGUAACGGCAGCAUCUGCUUGGAUAUAUUGAGAUCGCAGUGGUCUCCAGCAUUAACUAUCUCUAAAGUCCUUUUGUCCAUUUGUUCUCUGUUAUGUGACCCGAAUCCUGACGACCCGUUAGUGCCAGAGAUUGCCCGCAUCUACAAAACAGACCCUGUUAGGUACAACAAGACAGCUCAGGAUUGGACUCAGAAAUACGCCAUGUGAUCAUCAUUAUCUUCUCACUGCUGGAACAAACUGUUUGAUUUUCUCAUGUGGCCACGCCCCCUCCUCAUCAGCCAAUAACGGCAAUUUGUUCACGUUUCUUUUCGUUCCUUUUGUCAACUUAAAAAGCUUUUAAAUUGUUGAUUUGCCCUUUUUCUGCUUCCUAAACUGAAUAAAUAAGGUGAAGAAGGGCUGAGGACUGUGAGCUGUGAAUGUGCCAACUGCAACACCCGACUGAAGAGACAACUGUUACAGUGAAAGACUGAAGAACAUAAUAAUUUAAUGCAUGUCAGUGAUUGGUUCAUGUGCUGCUGAGAAAAAAAGAAAAAAGAAGGUGUUUUGGUUUUAUUCUGUUAUUGAUGUUUUUUGUUUUUAGACGAGAGAGCCGUUAGUUCAUCCAUCAUCCACAACACUGUUCUCCUCUUUUUGCACUGAAGAUGAAACUCAAAGCUCUCAAUGGCUGAUUGAUCAACUAAUAGCUCUGUGAUGUUUUUUUCUCAAUAAAGUUGAACAAAUUGCA